AUGGGCUCUUUCACUUUCACUUACUCUCAUUUCUAUUGUUUCUUCAUUUGGCAUUUCUAUCUAAAUCCACAUCAAUAUCUAUCCACUUCAAUCUUUCAUUUUUUUUUUCUACUUUUAUAUUCCUCUUUCUUUUCUCCUUCUUGGUACUCCAUUUUUCUAUCUUAUUAUUUUUUCUUUAUUUCAUUCCUUCUUCUGAAUUUUUCCAUUUUUCUUUUCUACCAUUUUUUUUAUUUUUUAUUAAAUACUUUAUUCAUCUAUUCCUUUAUUCCGUCAAGAUUUCCAUCAGGUUCUAUAUUCGACAUUCGUUCAUCGUUUCUCUUCGAUGUGUUUAAUUCAUUCCUUCAUGAAUAUUUUCUUUCUUUCUUUCUUUUUCUUUUUUUCUUCCUUUCUUCCUUUCUUUCUUUCUUUCUUUCUUUUUCAUCCUUUUUUCCCUUCCAUUCUUUCGUUUUUCUUUUAUUAAUUUUUCUUUAUUUGCUUCAUUUUUUCUUUCUUAAAAUGUACUUAAAUUGUCAAGCCAUUCUCUAUAAUCCAUUCAUUCCUGCUCCAACUGUUAUAUUCGUUCGAUUCAGUUUUCUCUUCACUUUUAGUUCCACUACAAAUAUUGGACAUUUUCUUUCUUUCUUUCUUUCUUUCUUUCUUUCUUUCUUUCUUUCUGACACGUCUCUUAUGACGCCAAUUCCUUCUUUUAUUCCCAUUGCGAUUGCUGCAAUACUUAAAAUUUUGCAUUUUGUUUCUUGCCAUUCCAUUAAUUUCUUCUAA